AUGGCUACUUUUAAUCUUCCAAAAUGCAUGGUUAUUAUGAUGGUCCUAUUUUUGGUUCUAGAAAGUCAUUCUACAGUAGAAGCUGUUCGUCGUGAUGAAAUCAAGGCUCUCCUCCGUGGCACAAAAUUUGCUCAAAAUAUUCUUCGCGUCAAAACGGAUCCACUUCCACCCUGCACGUCUUGUGAUACCUGUACAGUUGACUGCUCAACAGGUUGCAAAAGUUGCACAACAGAUGCAAAAAUCUUUUGA